UUUUUCACGGCAUGUUUCUAUGAUGUCCUGUUUCAUUAAGCUCAGCUGAGUCAACGGAUCGACGAAGCUUGUGAGAGAAAUCAGACGAUACACACAUAAGAGGGCAACCUCUGGGUUUAAACGGAUUCAUUUUCAUAUUUGUUACUUUUUUUUCACAUACGGAAGACACCAGCACAGGUUCUGGCGGAGCAGAAUCAGACGGAAUUACAAUAAUCGAGAAGAUGGAAGGUCUGCUUUUGGGGUUAUGUUUGUUUCGCCUAUCCGAGAAUUGCUUUGCUUGCUUGCCAUUCUUUCUUUGCUUCUCGUCCUUUUUGUUUUUUAUUUCUUUUUAUUUCUAUUUUUUGGGUGCUGGCCCCAACGGAGCAUUUAAACUAACCCGCCCACGCGGACACAAACUGCAUUGGACUACUACAGUCAUACAUACUGGGAUUUCAUUUAGGGCUUUCGGAUGGCAACGGAGAACGAGAACGAUUUUCAAUACGGAGCUUGGACUGUUAUUUACUGGUUUCUUUUGGUUAUUCAAUUCUGUCUAUUUAUUCUAUUUAUAUUUUCCAGGUCCAGUAUUGGUGCGAUUCCACUAUAUCUUAUUUGUUUUAUUGGUUGUAUUUGACUUGUAUAGCUACCUGGUCGUCAUCCCUACCUUCUGCUUCGCUUACGGAUUCCCGAUUGCUUGAAUCCUUCACCGCAUGUUUGAGUCAUUCGUUCUGAUGGUUUUCGAAUUUUUACGCUGCGUGUCUGAUUAUAAUAGUUGCUUUUCCUUUAAUAACCCCCUGUUUGCAGUUCCAACAGUAUA